UGGGGCGGGUGAUGGAUUUAUGAGUUCCGAGUUCCAGCAGACAUUGGGAGGACAUGGAAUGGAGGACAUGCCUCUUGAUGUUGCAUUCGGAUCUACAAUUUCUAUUAGGCAUGAAAAUACGCAAGGUGGCUAUCUACAUUCACAUUUGCAUAAUUAUCCGGGAGGAAGCAAACAACAACAGGUUACUUUGUAUCCACAUAAGGAUGAUAAUAAUUUAUGGGUUGUCCAAAAUCAAACGGAUCCUGAAGUACCGUUUAACGAGACCGACCCAAUUUGGAUACAUCAUAAUUCAGUGAUUCGUCUCAAUCAUAUUAUAACUAAAAAAAGGAUGCAUAGUCACGAUGUUAGACCACCAGUAACUGAAGCGGAAUAUCAAAAUGAAGUCAGUGCUUAUGGAUAUGAUGGUUUCCCAGGAGAUGCAAAUGAUUUUUGGCGUGUGGAAAUCACUGAUUACGAUAAAUCUGACCCAGAAUCUCGAGAACGUAUUCGUACGCUUCAUACAAAAUUUCGCCUUUAUCAUGUUAUUACCGGAUGUUAUCUUUAUUCUCAUAAGGUUAAAUUACCUGAUUGGGGUUUUGAGCAACAAGAAGUCACCUGCGUUAAAGGAGGGUACUAUCCAAAUACUAUCUGGUUUAUAGAAUCAAAUUCUCAUCCGCAACUACCGAAUAAUGCGGAGAAAGUUAAUUAUCGGAAACCUGGAUUUUUUAAAAAGUUCUUCGAACUUAAUAAAGUUAUGUGGACUACCAAUAGUGGAUUGACUGAUUCUCACCCUUACGAAUCUCGCCCUUUGUCUUGGAUAUUUUUAAGCCGAGGAAUUAAUUUUUGGGUUCAAAAUAAUCGUCAAAUUUAUUUACUCGGUAAUCCACUUGUGUGGUGGACUUCUACUCUUGCAUUACUUAUUUUUGUUGUUGCUAAGUUGAUUAUAAUUUUGAGAGAAAAAAGAGGAUACAAAGAUAGUCUGGAUGGUAAAAAAGAGCAUUUUGAAUCAUGGUCUGGAUUGUUCUUUGUAGGAUGGUGUUUGCAUUAUAUUCCAUUUUUCUUAAUGGCUCGACAAUUGUUUUUACAUCAUUACUUCCCUUCAUUGUAUUUCGCAAUUCUUUUAAUUGGCAUAGCAUUUGAUUUAUUCACAUGCAAAAUGUCUUUUAGAAAUCGGCUAAUUACCGCAAUAAUAUUUUUAGUUGCUAGUAUAUAUAUAUUUACAUUAUUUUCACCACUAAUUUAUGCUGGUUCAUGGACAAAAACAGAUUGUGAGAAGGCCAAAUGGUUAAGUACUUGGGACUUUGAAUGUCAUAUACAUCAUGAUAAUUAUGAUGAUUAUUUAACUAGCGGGAAUACAGUAAAUGUCGUUGAAGAGUCAAGCAUAACACAACUUUCUGAGGAUUCGUCAACUG